GAAAUCGCUUACACUCUCCGCUCCCUUCCCCUCGCUGGAUUGUUCGCAUCUCGCCCUACAGGAUGGCAAGCAGCGCAAAGCUGGAGGUGUCGCAGCCUACCCGGGCUGCUGUUCCCGUGAAAAAAGUGCAUUAUCCUUUCUGGUUUGGUGGCUCUGCAUCAUGUUUUGCGGCGGCCGUCACGCACCCUUUGGAUCUUGUGAAGGUUCGCUUGCAAACACGUGGGCCUGGAGCGCCCACCACUAUGUUGGGCACUUUCGGCCAUGUGAUUAAGUCUGACGGAAUUUUGGGUUUAUACAGAGGGCUUUCGGCCGCGCUCUUGCGACAGAUAACGUAUUCCACCACUCGCUUCGGUAUAUAUGAAGAGUUGAAAUCGCGCUUCACAUCGCCCGAUGCACCCGCCAGCACUCUCGCCCUGGUCGGGAUGGCCUGUACAUCCGGUUUCCUUGGUGGUAUCGCAGGAAAUCCGGCCGACGUUAUGAAUGUGCGCAUGCAGUCCGACGCAGCUCUCCCCGUAGAGCAACGCCGUAACUACAGACAUGCCUUCCACGGACUGGUCCAGAUGACCCGCCAUGAAGGACCCGCAAGUCUGUUCCGUGGCGUUUGGCCCAAUUCGACACGUGCCGUAUUGAUGACCGCCUCUCAAUUGGCUUCCUACGACACCUUCAAGCGUCUUUGCAUCGACAGGUUCGGCAUGUCCGAUAACCUGGGCACUCAUUUCACCGCGUCCUUCUUGGCCGGUUUCGUUGCGACAACCGUUUGCAGCCCCGUGGACGUGAUCAAGACCCGUGUGAUGAGCGCUUCCCCAGCUGAGAGCCGCGGCCACAGCAUCGUGGGUCUCUUACGAGAUAUCACCCGCAAGGAAGGCUUCGCCUGGGCCUUCCGCGGCUGGGUUCCCAGUUUCAUCCGCCUGGGCCCCCAUACCAUCGCUACAUUCAUCUUCCUGGAAGAGCACAAGAAACUCUAUCGUCUGCUGAAGGGCGUCUCGGAAGAGAAGCAUACAGCAUAGAUCGACCUUUUCCUUCCUCGAUCACUUUUCACAUGUUUCUGAUUUGCUCGGUCUUGCGGUAAAUCAGUUUUUCCUUCUCGAUUAUCUUUGUAUAUGAUGUUUCUUUGGCGAAAGCAUUGGGUGGGUAAAAAAGUUAGUUUUAUGUGGUGUACAUACCUCUUCUUUCUUUCUUUCUUUCUUUCUUUUUCUUUUUUUUUUUCCCUCACGCCCCUGUGUGAUUUGGCUGUUCCUUUUGGCUCCUCGAUUUCUGCGAGUGCUGUCCGUUGGCUGCACCGAGAUACCCUUGCAUUGGGAGAACCUGGUUGAAAUAUACCGGGUAUCGGACCUUGCUUCAGCAAUUGUUUAUCUACCAUAGACUGUCUCAGUGCCGGAAUUGACUUCGCGGUUGCAGCACUGGUUUUGGUUGGCCAUAUACUGGCUAUAUUAUGAGUUGGAAUAGAUAGAAUGGUUUGUUCAUUUGGAUAUCAGAUAGAAGACUAAACUCUACUGGGUUGACAGUUGGGACUAUUAACUCAGUCGUUCUUGCAUAUUCCGCUUACCGAUAUCUCUACUAAUAUUGGUUGAAACGAGAGGCGCUAAUUGCAGGCACCAUAAGGCGGAUAGUGAAGCCUUUCUACAUAUGCG